AUGGCUUCUUCAAGCGAGAAACCCGAAACAAUCACAGGCGGCUGUCUCUGCGGAUCGAUUCGCUACAUUGCGACUUUCCCACCAGACCACGAUUUUACCGACAGCUCAACAACAUGCCAAUGCGAGCAAUGCCGCAAAAACACCGGGUCUCUCAUCUUCCACUCCCACAAGCUCCCCAAGUCCGCCGUCGAGUUCACGUCCAAGUCGACGCUCAAGCUCUACUCGGCCACGCCACACUUUGAGCGCGGGUUCUGCAGCAACUGCGGGGGCCUCCUCUUCUGGCAGAGGGACCACGGCGAGGACAUCUGCCUCACGGUUGGGUGCUUCGACAGGCCUGUUUUGGAAAAGUACGGGCCCCUGUUGACGUCGGCGAAGAGGCACUUGUUUUGCGAGAGGGAGAUUCCUGGCGUCACCGAUCAUCUACAGGGGGACAAGUAUCCAGGUGAUUGUGAUUGA